AUGUCCCCUUCUAAAUUCCAAAAACUCCAACACAGCACUACCAAGCAGGUUCGGGACAGCCCUGGACAAUUUCCUGACUGCUGCUCAGGCUGCUCAUUCCUGCUCACCUUCAGUCUCCCUGAGCUGCCACCUAACUCCUCACUCCCUGAUCAAUGGAAGUCCAGAGAAGAACACAGGAGAGGAGGAUGGAGGGAAGUGACCUGCUGGCCUGGGAGUGUUCUCUUAUGCCUCACUGUCAGCCUUCUGCUUCAAGGAAGGACAAAUACUUUCACCAUGAACUGCUCAGGCUUUGACCAGCAUGGGGUAGACCGUGCUGCCUUCCAGGCCAUAUUUAACCAGAAGGCCUUCUGUCCAGUCAUCAGCUCCAGCCUCCCCGCUCAUGUCAACAUCUCCUUCACCCUGUCUGCCAUACUGGAAGUGGGUGCACAACUUUAGCUGCUGUUGUCAUUCCUGUGGUUAAAUACGAUCUGGGAAAACCCACUCAGCAGCUGGGACCCAGAAGAAUAUGGUGAUAUCAAUAAACUCACUGUGACAGCUGAGAACCCGUGGUUCCCAGACAUCUUCAUCAUGGAAUCGUGGCUGCAGCUGCCCAAACCAUGGCUGCAGACCCAGGUAUCCCUGUACUCUUGGAGGCCCAAGAAGGCCCCACCCCUGCUCUCGCAGGCUUGGGAAUGCCUGCUCUCACUGCCUGCCUUCUCCCUGCUGUCAGUGACUGCUCCGAACUCGAAGCAAAGUGCCCCGUGGCACCUACAGCCACCCCUUGGCACCUACAGCCUGGGCACCAUGAACAGCAGUGAGAGGCAGACAGGUUCCUGGGCGGAAGGGGGCCUUUUCCCGCCCCAGGCUCAGCCAGAGCUGAGAAGACAUCAGAAUGACUGGCUGCAGAGAGGAACUACUCACUCCAGGGCCUCCUCUCUGCUGAAAGGUGCAGACGUCGGGACAACCAGCUGCAUAGAGGAGCUAUUCGCCCCACUUCCAGGUGUCACUGUGUUCCCCGGCAGCAGCCAUGGAAGCUGCUUACAGUGCGCCUGGUCCAGCCGCAGCCUUGCAGAGAGCCAGCAGCCAUUGGAUAACAUGGGCGGAGACAAGGAAGCAUAGGAAAUAGCAGAUACUUCAAGUGACACUGUCCAAACACAGUGGGAGUGGGAGCUCCUGGGCAUCAACAAGGCCACCCUGAAGAUAUCUGUGGGUUCCAGUCUUUUUGACCAAAUCAUGUUGUCUGUGGCCAUCAGGUGCAGGCCCAGCCUCUAUGUGAUAAACUUUCUGGUGCACAGUGGCUUUUUGGUUGCCAUCCAUGCCCUCAGCUUCUACCUACCAGCAGAAAGUGCGAAUCAUGACCCAUUCAAGGCCACCCUUCAGCUGGGCUGCAGCGUCUUCCUGCUCAUAGUGAAUACACUACUCCCCGCUAGUGUCACCCCCUCAUCAGUACAGUGUCUACUUUGCCUGUCCCUGAUGGUGGUCAGCCUGCUGGAGACCAUCUUCAUCACCCACCUGCUGCACGUGGCCACCACCCAGCCCCCACCCAUGCCUAGGUGGCUUCACUCCCUGCUGCUCCACUGCACCAGCCCAGGGAGAUGCUGUCCCACUGCACCCCACAAGGGAAAUAAGGGCCUGGGUCUCACCCCCACCCACCUGCCUGGCCCAAAGGAGCCGGGGGAGUUAGCAGGGAAGAAGCUGGGACCCGGAGAGACUGAGCUAGAUGGGGGCUCAGGAUGGACAAAGGCCCAGCUAGUGGAGCUGUGGGUGCAGUUCAGCCACACGAUGGACACCCUGCUCUUCCGCCUCUGGAACACAUAG